AGAGAAAGAGAGAGGGAUAGUGGAGGUGAUUGUCGAUGCUUGUAGGAAAACGUACCACGCGAAUUUUCCGCACACUGCAUCGCCGUAUUUAUUUUUAGUAUCAAGUGUGCCAUGUCACGUCGUCACAACGCAUCGAUGGCAUUUUUGCAACGUAAUUACGCGUCGCGGAGUUUCUGAGAGAAUUCGUUGAGAAACGCACACAUACGGAUUCCGUUGUCGCUCGCAAUAAUUCUCUCAAGUGAUCCAUGCGUUAAGAACAGUGUUCGAUCAGAGAAUCUACGUGCCAUUGAGACUCUUCAGCUUGAAAUUCGAUCAGAAUACAAUCAUGAAAAAGACACGUUCCAGCAUCUUUCGUGAUAUCUAUUAUCAGCCCUACGAUGAUUGUACGAGGCUGAAGCUUUACUCUAGCAGCAAAGCUAGUUUACAGUUGCUGCAGCGUAUGUCAUUACUGAAGAGAUUAAAGGUUCACAAUGGUUGUGUGAACUCUAUUUGCUGGAACAGUGGUGGAGAAUUGAUACUGUCUGGUAGCGACGAUCAGCAUCUUGUUCUGACUAAUGCUCAUAAUUAUGAGGUGUUAACAGACUAUAAAACAAGUCACAGAGCAAAUAUUUUUAGUGCCAAGUUUUUGCCUAAUAGUGGAGAUCACCGUAUUGUUUCUUGUAGUGGAGAUGGCAUUAUUUUGUAUACAGAUCUGAUGAGAAGAACAGAAACGUUUCAUAAUCAAUUUACUUGUCACACUGGCACUACUUACGAAAUAGCGACAAUACCCGGUGAACCGCAUAGUUUUCUAAGCUGUGGAGAAGACGGAACUGUGAGAUGGUUUGAUCUCAGAAUAAAGGAUAAGUGUAGUGCCGCAAGAUGUAGGGAGGAUGUGUUAAUUCCAUGUCAAAGAGCUGUGACCGCUUUGUCUGUAAAUCCCGUAUUACCUCAUCAAAUAGCGAUUGGAUGUUCUGAUAGCACUGUAAGAACUUUCGACAGAAGAACUCUCGGUACAUCAGCCACUGGUUGGACGGACGUGGGAGGUGCGGUGAGACCACUAUGCAGUUUUACUGUCCCAGAAUUCGAAGGUAAUUCUUACAGGAUUACAUCGUUGAGUUAUAGUCCGGAUGGACAAGAUGUUCUUGUUAGCUACAGCAGUGAUCAUCUCUAUUUAUUCAGCAUCAAGGAUCAAGGCAGUUUGCAAUUGCGGAAAGACGCGACAAUGGGAAAAGGAAAAGGAAAGAAGCAUCCGUUAAGAUCGCCUCAACCAGUUCGUCGCUUGAGACUUCGCGGUGAUUGGUCCGAUACCGGUCCUGAUGCACGUCCGGAAAGAGAAGGAGGACGUCGGAGUGGUACCGAGAUCGCCCAAGCAAGACCGGUGUUACACACGUCUCUGAUGCAGAGAAUGACAGAUGUGCUCAGCAGAAUGUUAAACGACCCUGCCACUAGAGCUGCUUUGAGUGGCGGGGGUGAAGACAGUUUGGAAGGUGUCAUCGAGCAACAGGAAGGUAUACAAAACGCUGAGAAUAAUCUCGAGUCGAAUGCGGAAAGGAAUAAUGAAUCGGCCGAAUUAAGCGCAGAACAGAACAAUAAUCUAGAAACAAGUGGAAAUACAAGUUCGCACACUGAUGGAGCUGAAAAUACAGACGCAGACGAAACGACUAAUACUGACAGAUUCCAGACGAGAGAGAUGGAAGAAAACCGGGGAUAUAAUCAGUCAGCAUCAACGAAUACAUCAGCGAAUGUAAAUGAUGUUUCUAUGGAAACUGAAUCUAGUCAAACCGACCAAGCGCAAGCCGUUUCUGCAGAGUAUACGAGUAGCCAUGAUAGAAUUGCGCAUAGUGACGUAUGGGAUCGAAAUAGAAACGAAGAUGAAGCUUCGCGUGCAAAUAUAGCUAGUAAGCAGGAAAAUAUGAUGGAGAAUCUUCAAGAUAGAUUAACAACGAUGCGAGAUGGUUUCCUCGAAAGACAUGGCAGUGAACCUGCUGUGAGUUUAACAUAUUCUGACAAAAGCUCAACUAGUGCUACAAUAUCGCUUGGUGUCGGCGAUGAAAUGACUCGUGACAGUUAUCAUCCAGGGCCAUCUGGAAGUAACAGCACUGGAACUCUUGAUGCAGGUCCCAGUAAUAAUCAUAGACAUCACCACUAUAGCAAUGUUAGAGAAAAAACUGAAGAAGCAGCAUAUAUCGAUAGCGACGAUGAAGAUAUUCAAUCGGGUGAAAGAUUACUAAAUCCAGUCGAAGCUGAGAUGGACGAAGCGAUUGCCAAUGUUCGUUCGUCACAAGGACACGAGACGUUCGAUGAUACUUAUCUAACGGAACUCUGCGUAAAACAAAAGUACAUGGGCCAUAGGAACGCCAGUUUCUUUAGGACCAUGAUUAAGGAAGCGAAUUUCUGGGGCGACGAUUUCGUCAUGUCGGGCAGCGAUUGCGGUCACGUAUUCGUGUGGGAAAGGGACACCGCCAGACUGUGCAUGCUGUUAGAAGCGGAUCAACAUGUGGUCAACUGUUUGCAACCUCAUCCAUAUCUGCCGAUGUUAGCCACUUCUGGCAUUGACUAUGAUGUGAAACUUUGGGCACCGAUCAAUGACGAGCCGAGCUUUGAUGAAAAAUUCGCGGAAGACUUGAAAAAGAGAAAUGCAGUUAUGUUGGAAGAGACCAAAGACACAAUCACUGUACCUGCGGUUUUUAUGAUCAGAAUGCUGGCAUGUCUCAAUCAAAUACGCAGAGGUCGGGGCCGCAACAGGAGACGGAGCAGCGACGAGAGCGGCGAAUUGCGAGGUGGCUAAAUCAUUUUCGACGAUACUGCAAAUGGUGAUAAAAGUGAAAAUGCGUAUCACUGCGACUACAAUUUAUCGAUCGAACCAUCGAACCUUGAACGUUUUAAUCAGGAACGAACGGAUCUCGUGAUGUACGUGUAUAAAGUGCAAUUCAAAUGGUAUAUCAAUGUAGAUACAUUCAUAAGAUAUCCUGUGGUGUUACGAAUGUCACCACGUAUUUGUAUAUACCUUGUGCUUACAAUAUUGUAUCAAAUGGGGAGAGAAUGGAUUUUAUUCAUUUCAUGAAUACCGAAGUCCGAAUGUAUUUUUUUUUGCCACUUUAUAUAUGCAAUCUUAUGCGAAAUUUUUAAUGGAUUCAUAUUGUUUAGUGUGUUUAGUACGAAAAAUGUAGUUUUGUUGUAUACAUUUUACAAUUAAUUUAAACUGUAUAGUUAUUGCAGUAUAUUGGCUCCGAAUGAUAUUUAUGCGAUUUGUAUUAUUAUCAUACGACACAUGUAUAAAAGCACAGCAAAGCUCACUUUUGCAGACAAGUUAUUCUCGUUGAAACAAACAAUGGAAAUUUAGUAUAUCCUUGUUGAUUUUUCAAAUUUAAUACAUUGGUCAGAGGAACGUUUCGUAUCCACUUUACGUGCAUAUUUUGUUGUGUAUUAUUAGAUUCUAAGUAGGCGAAGGAUGUGUCGAUUUCCGUGAUGACAGUGAGGUGACAAAAAAGUAUUGACUCGCGCGUAAUCAGAAGCUUGAAAUUGUAAGUUUACAUGUGAACUUUAAUUAUUUAUUUUAAUUAUUAUACAAUCUUAUGCAUGCUUUUUUCUAUAUAUUAGAGUAAAAUACGAUUCCAUAAAAAUUUUGCAGAAUUAUAUUUCACGCUCAAGAGUAUGACUACAUAAUACUGGCUUGCAGCUUAAUGAGCAAGAGGAACAUUUUAUCUUCUGUUAUUGUAAGCAUAAUGUUGUGUAAAUUGCACAGUCAACUUUUUGCGUC